AUGGCCGACGAUAUCGAAACUAGUUUCCAGGCCGCCAUCGAUGCUGGCAAAAUCAACGGCGCCGUUAUUUGCGCCACCGACACCGAGGGUCACUUUGUUUACAACAAGGCUCUGGGAGAGCGUACCUUGCUGUCCGGCGAAAAGCGCCCGCAGCAGCUCGACGAUAUCCUGUUCCUGGCCUCAGCAACCAAGCUGGUCACCACCAUCGCUGCCCUGCAGUGCGUCGAGGAUGGACUACUUACCCUGGAUGGGGAUCUAACGUCCGUCGCACCCGACCUGACCGCCAAGCAGGUCUUAACUGGCUUUUCCGAUGACGGCGAAACUCCUAUUCUCGAGCCCCCCGCUCGCCCCAUCACGCUGGAGAUGCUGCUUACCCAUAGCUCUGGCCUCUGCUACUACAUUUUAGCCCCGCACAUCGCCCAGUGGCGCGAGAAGUUUGCACCUCCGCAGGAGGGUGAGCGCCUAUCAGUCGAGGAGAUGACCAGGCACCCGCUCGGCUUCCAGCCCGGCGCCGGCUUCAUGUACGGCCCAGGGCUCGACUGGGCUGGCCGGGUGGUGGAGCGAGUGACGGGGCUCACACUCGGGGAACGCAUGCAGCAGCGCAUCUUCGGCCCCCUUGGCAUCAACGACGCCCAAUUCUACCCCGUCACGCGCGAAGACCUGCGCUCCCGCCUCGUCGACCUUAACCCCGACGAUCCCGAAGCCCAAGGAUUGGCGGUGAUCGGCGGCAGCGGGGACAUGAACAAGCGCAGCCGUGGCGACUUUGGCGGCCACGGCCUAUUCAUGUCGGGCACCAGCUACAUCAAAAUCCUUCACUCGCUGCUGGUCAAUGACGGAAAGCUGCUCAAACCCGCGACCGUCGACGAUCUGUUCCAGCAUCACCUGACUCCCGAAGCGACGGCGGCGCAUCAGGCCGCAUUGGCAUCUCCUAUGGGCAGCUUUUUUCGCGUAGGGCUCGACGCCGGAACAAAACUGGGAAAAAGUCUGGGCGGCGUGCUCACCCUGCAGGAUCUGGAUGGCGGGUACGGCGAGCGGACACUGACUUGGGGCGGCGGACUGACCCUGACCUGGUUUAUCGACCGCAAGAACGGGUUGUGUGGUAUUGGCGCCAUCCUAGCAAAGCUGCCGUUCGACAACGACCCUGUGAUGGCGCUGAAGCAGACCUUCCGCCGCGACAUUUACCGCAAGUAUGCUGCGUUCAAGGGGCAGUAG